AUGAAGGUUUUAGCCAUAGCUCUCAUUGCCGCCCUCGUGUGCAUCACACAGGCUUCACCAAUCGGAGAGGAGGUAGAGGUUCCAGAACUGGCGGCAGAUGCCAUGCAACCAAUGGAGUUGUUAAACGGGGCUCGUCAACGGAUCUGCACGCCCGUGAUGUGUCAGAACUUAUGCAGGAGCCUGGGAUGGCGUUACGGAAGCUGCAACGCGCAACGUUUCUGCGUCUGCAGACGUAAAAACUCCUAA